AUGUCCCACGCAAGUGAAUGCCGAUCAUGGCUCGGAGACAGUUGGGAGGGGAGAGCGGAGAGCACAUGUGCAGCGAUUGCCGGCGAGUCCAGGGCGCACGUGCUGGGCUACCACUCUGGACGGAGGGGCGGACGGCGGUGGGCGUGUGGUGGUGAAGGCGCGGCGCACUCAGUCCGCAGUCGAACACUGGGGGUGGGCGCUUCGAACAGCAAACAACUGUGGAACGGAAAGGCCCCUGCUGAUAAGCUCGGUGGGCCCCCCACUUGGGGGGAGCAGCGCCAGCAAAUGCGCGUUGUUCCCUGGGGCACGAGCUGGGGGCCGCCGCCAAUCACCGGGCACCAUUGCGGCUCGUGGGUGCAAAGCACGCGACACCCCGUUGUAUACUGCUGGGACGGCAACAUGAGACGUCCAUCACGGCCAUCACACCCGGACCUGCCUUAUAAUCAUGCCGGCACUGCCCUUCUCUCCUCCAACUUCCCUUCCCUCCCCUGUCCCCUCUGGCUCCUUCCACUCCCCUGA